CUCUGUCUCUGUUCUCAGCACGUGCCCUUCUUCCUCCAUCACAUACCCCACCUUUUCAGGUCACGUGCGCCCUCCUGUCUCCUCUGCUCUUCUCCUCUUUCCCUCUUCCACUCCAUGAAACACGCACCAAAAGCACACACAAUCUCCUUCUCUUCACUCUUUCUUCUACCUGUCCCAAAAUAAGGAAAAAAAGAAAAAGAAAAAAGCAACCCCCAAAAAAUUGGAACGAAGAAGACAGCAAUAAGAGAAGUUUGAAAUUUUUUGGGGGAAAAAUUCUGUAUAAUGUGAAGAAAUCAAGAGAUGCACGCAAAAGUUAGGAUCCCAAGUAGCGGACACAGCAGCCCAUCACCUCCACAAUCCCCACUUUCCCGUUCGCCCCGGCUCCGACGCAAGCAGGGGCGUUUUACUCCGGGUCAACCCGGCCCGAAAACCGCCGCUCAGCGGAUUGCCUGGCUCAUUCUCUCGCUUCUUCUACGUCGACAAGGGAUUUUCCUCUUUGCCCCGUUGCUGUACAUCUCCGGAAUGCUGUUUUACAUGGGUACGGUGUCGUUUGAUGUAGUUCCGAUUAUUAAUCACCGGCGCGCACCCGGGUCGGUUUAUAGAAGCCCGCAGCUCUAUGCUAAGCUCAAACCCGAGAUGGAUUCCGAUAACUCUUCAGCUGAUGCGAUAUCAUCCAUAUGGAAGCACUCCUAUAAAGUCGGUGAGUGGAGACCAUGCAUAAACAUGUCUUCAGGAGGCUUACCUGAGUCCAAUGGAUACAUUUAUAUUGAGGCAAAUGGUGGCUUGAAUCAACAGAGGGGAUCGAUAUGCAAUGCUGUUGCUGUAGCCGGUUAUCUUAAUGCAACCCUUGUAAUUCCCCACUUCCAUUUUCACAGUAUUUGGAGAGAUGCUAGCAAAUUCGGAGAGAUUUUUGAUGAAGACUAUUUUAUUAAAACCCUGGAAAAUGAUGUAAGAGUGGUGGAUAAGGUUCCUGGGUAUAUAAUGGAAAGGUUUGACUACAAUAUGACCAAUGUUUACAACUUUAGGAUAAAAGCAUGGUCAUCCAUCCAGUUCUACAGAGAUACUGUUCUGCCAAAGCUACUUGAAGAAAAGUGA